GCAUUUACUGUCCAUUGAAUGGUCGCAACGAUUCACUCAUUGAGUCAUUCAUAGAGUGAUUGCUUGUAAGCACUGAUUGUCUGAUUGUGUGACGCAUUCACUCAUUGGCACUGAAAUGAUGGCAACACUCGUGAAGACAGACAUCAACACAGAGACGAAGGUGGAGCUGUUCCCGGCUGUGGUGACAUCGGAGCAGAUGUCCCUGAACUACAUGAAGCGCUUGACAGCGGUGGCCAUCAGUAAUAUCCUGUAUCUGCGGAAUGUGUUCACCGAAGAGUGCUAUGGACACCGAAAACUGGACUCAAUUAAGCUGAGGAUUCUGACCGAAAAGUGUCAGACAGUGGGCGCCAAACAGAUCGUCAAUUGGGUGAAGGGUUGUUUCGACGCCAUGGAGAAGAAGUACUUAAAACAACUGACUUUAGGUAUAUUCACGGAUCCCAUGAAUCCCGAAGAACUCAUCGAAGCCUAUACUCUGCGCUUCACUUACGACGCGAAUCGCGUCAAUUGUGACCUCUCUUUGUAUGAACGCAUGUCUUCGGUGACACCGUCGUCCAACGCGAGUGCGAGUGAGCGCCAGGCGUGGGAACAGAUGGUGAACAACGGGUUGCGACAGUCGACGACCCAAUUGUUGCGAUCGAUCAUAAUUAUGGUGCAAAGCCUCGACAGACUGCCCGCCGACUGCUUCCUAACGAUGAAACUCUUGUAUUACGACGACAUCACUCCCGAGGACUACGAGCCGCCGGGCUUUGAGGCGGCCGACAAUGACUCGUUCACUUUCAGAGGCAAACCCAUUAGCAUCAGCGCCGGUCAAGUCGUCACACCCUUUCACUCACUCAAAGUGAAGAUCCGCACGAAUCAGGAACAGUUCCAAGACUUCGCGUCGUCACCCGAUUCAGAGACUCAUGAGUCGCGGUAUAAGAGCCAAGAGUUGGCCGAUGAGUGCCACGACUGCACGCCUCUGGCCAUCGAUGAGGACAUCGCCGAUGAGAACCAAUGCGUGCCUCACAAUAGAGACAAAUGCGGCAACAGAUCCACGACUGAUGCGUCCAAACUGUCCGACAAAUCGGUG